AUGGCUCGCAAACGAGCAAAAGACUCUGCCAUGGCCCUCCUCUCCCUCUCAUCCGCCAUCCGCACCCGCUCCCUCCGCCGCCUCACUCUCGCCCGCCACCUCGCAACCUCUACCUCUACAUCGCAAAACGACAUUGCCGUUCUGGGCGGCGGCCUCACCGGCCUCACGACGGCAUACUACCUCGCCAAACAGCUCCCUCCGACCGCAAAAAUCACCCUCUACGAAGGAACGUCCCGUCUAGGAGGGUGGAUUCGAACGGACCGUCUGCCCGUGGAUGUGGACGGCACAAAAGGCACAGUUAGCUUUGAGAGAGGCCCGCGCACCCUCUCGUCAAAUCACCUGAGUACAUGGAAAUUUGACGACCUCGUCCUCUACGACCUGGCUCUCGAUUUGGGACUCAAAGUCGUCACACCACCCGACCAACCUCGCUACAUCUACUACCCAGACCAUCUGGUCACGCUUCCCCCCGCAGGGAGUUUCGCCGAAUUCUUCCGCGAGCCGCUCUUCCUACAAUCGCUAUGGGGAGGUCUGGGCUUCUUACUUCGGCGGAUGAGGAGCCGCGCCGUUCCGCUCAAGGACAUGUCCGUGUCGGAGUGGCUGUACGAAAUCAGCGGGAGUAGAGCUGUGGCGGAGAAUGUUGCGUCGGCCAUGAUACACGGUAUAUACGGUGGUGAUAUCGACAGGUUGAGUGCCAGAUCGGUGUUUGAUCGCUUCUACUGGGCGUAUUAUCUGCCUAGUAUGGGCUCGGACUUGAGACAGAUGACGAUGAGGGAGCAGACGUUUAUGAGUGAGUUGUCACAGGAUCCGCAGAUUCGGAGGAUGGCGUUAAAGGCAAAGGGGGCGUUGUUGCAUUUCGGUAAGGAGGGAAUGGAUAGCUUGCCUAGGGCGCUGGCGGAUGCGUUGGAGGGGACGCCGAAUGUUGAGAUUCGGAAGGGGAUUCCAGUGCGCGAUAUAAGUUAUGAUGCGGAGACGGAAAAGGUCAAUAUCACGACAGGCAACUGGGCAGACGAAGACCAGCAACACCUCGAAGACAAGACCACCUCCUCCUACGACCGCGUCAUCUCCACCAUUGCCAGCCAGGACCUCGCCAGCAUCACUGGCUCCAAGCUCCCCAGCCUGGCGGAAACACACUCCGUCUCCAUCAUGACUGUCAACAUGUGGUAUCCCAAGAAGCACAUGAAGCCCCCUGGUUUCGGCUACCUGAUCCCUCGCUCCGUCAGCAGGGAGCACAACACCGAGCGAGCCCUCGGUGUCUUUUACGACUCUGACGUCGGUGGUGCGGCGUCUCCCGACGAACCAGAAGGCACCAAACUGUUCGUCCUAAUGGGCGGUCAUUACUACGACUCGGGUGCCCCUCCGCCAUCGGAAUCAGAUGCCAUUGAGCAGGCCAAGUCUCUCCUGGAGCGACAUCUCGGCAUCCCCGCUGAUACGCCGUGCUUUGCGGUGUCCCGGUUCGCCAAGGAAUGCAUUCCACAGCACUAUGUCGGCCACAAUGAUCGCAUGAUGCAGGUUGAUCAACAGCUACGGGACGAGUUUCACGGAAAGUUAGCAGUGGCGGGCGGAUCGUAUAGCAAGAUUGGCGCAAUGGGUGCUAUCCGCGCGGGAUACGAUAUUGCAAAGCAGACUGUUGGCGAAGGGGGCUGGUAUACCACUGGCCUAGAGAGUUUAGAGUUUCCAGAACCAUUUGUGGGCGUGCCGAUUUCCAAAAUCCCCGUCAGGAGGUUCAGACAGUUGGAGCAAAAUAGGGAACGAGCUUGA